AUCUUGGACAGUCAGUGAGUAAAGAUGGCGAACUGGUGCGUGCGCGCGAUCAGACACAGCUCUUCAAUCUUAGCGUCCCCUUCACUAGUAAGGGCGACUCCACGUCUGCUUUGCACAGCAGCCCAACAGAAAAGCUCAGGAGCAGGUACUGAAGAGGAGAGUGGAGCUCAGAAGCAAGAGCCUGGCACAGCUGAAAAAGCCUUCUUAGAAGAAAAGACACAACUGGAGGAGCAACUAAAAGAUGUUACGGAUAAAUAUAAGCGUGCACUGGCAGACACUGAGAACCUUAGGCAAAGGAGUCAAAAGAUGAUCGAUGAUGCUAAGCUUUAUGGGAUACAGGGUUUCUGCAAGGAUCUCUUGGAAGUGGCUGACAUCUUGGAGAAGGCAACAGAAAGCGUUCCAAAAACUGAAAUAUCUGCUGCUAAUCCACAUCUGAAAAAUCUUUAUGAUGGCCUUGUAAUGACUGAGGUGCAGAUCCAAAAGGUCUUCCAGAAACACGGCCUUGUUAAGCUUAGUCCCGAUGGUCAGAAAUUCGACCCGUAUGAGCAUGAGGCAGUCUUUCAUGCACCGGUGGAGGGCAAAGAGCCAGGUACCAUAGCUUUAGUUACAAAAGUAGGCUACAAGCUGCACGGUCGUACCCUCCGGCCAGCUCUUGUUGGUGUAGUCAAGGCUCCCUAACCGAUCCUGCACACUGCUUGGUUAUCAACUGGUUGGUUCCUAUAAGUUAGCUGAACUUCAGUUCCACUUUCAUUUGUUAAAGAUGCCUCUAAGAGGUGAAAUCCAAUAUACAGACAACUGAAGGACAAUGCCAGACUUCUUUUUGUGAUUUCAUUAUAAUUAUAUAUAUAUAUAUAUAUAUAUAUAUAUAUAUAUAUAUAUAUAUAUAUAUAUAUAUAUAUAUAUAUAUAUAUAUAUAUAUAUAUAUGAAAGCCGUGUAUGUGGAAUUGACAGAAUUUCUGAUUGGCCACAGCAAUAUUUUCUGGAGGAUCAUCACCAUUCCAGAGACCUCUGAGAUCUAAAGAAACACUGCAGUGUAUUACAUCUCAAACAUCUUAAAGUUCUUAUUUGCUCUUAUUAAUUACUGAUUAUCAGUUUGGUGAUGUUUUACAACAGUUGUUAGAUUCCACUUUUGUUUUGUCAGUGUUAAGCAGGUUUUUCAGUUUGUACAAGGUAAUUAGUCUUCUAUACAGGAUUUGGAUUAACAUUUUAUCUUAAAAUAUAUUUAUAAUUUCAGAAUAAUUUUCCUACUUGCUGUUGUACUUUCUAACUUUCAUGAUUAGUUUCAUAAAGUGCAAACAUGAUGAAAUGUCACACUUCAAUCAACAGAUUGUAAUAAAAACUGACUUGGUUUUUGUGGAGAUCUGAGAAAAUAAGGAUGGCUUGAAAAGAUCACUUGACAGAUUUGUGUCUGACAAAAUUAAUGUAAAUGGUGGUUGUAAUAUGAAUAGAACAAUGCUUUGCUAAAAGAAAAUUGGAACAUAGUAUAUAAAGGUUUUUGGAUUCAACAUUUCCAUGUAUGUAAACAGGCAAACUCUUAUCAAAUAAAGCAUGUACCUCUUCAUUAUCA